AACGAUUGAUUGUAGAUGAUGGAGUACGGCCAGCGUAUCACGGCCGAACCGAGCACCCAGGACGAUCCGCAGUACAUGUUCCUGCGAGAGCGACUGAAGGCCCUCAGAGAUGGAUGGGAGGAUCUGCACCAGAUGUGGGAGAACCGGCAACAGCUACUGUCGCAGUCACUCAAUCUGCAGAUGUUCAAUAGGGACGCACGCCAAGCCGAGGUGUUGCUGUCGCAACAGGAGCACAUCCUGAGCAAGGACGAGACGCCCGUCAACCUGGAACAGGCAGAGAACCUGAUCAAGCGACACGAGGCCUUCCUCACCACAAUGGAGGCCAACGACGACAAGGUCAACGCAGUCGUCCAGUUUGCCGGCCGGCUCAACGAUGAGAAGCACUUUGCUGCCGACAAGGUGAACAAGAAGGCCGAAAACAUAAACGAUCGACGAAACGUGAACCGCGAACGAGCAAUCCAGCUCAUGGAGAAGCUGAGAGAUCAGCUCCAGCUGCAUCAGUUCUUGCAGGACUGCGAGGAACUGGGCGAGUGGAUGCAAGAGAAGAACAUGACUGCGCAGGACGAGACCUACCGCAGCGCCAAGACAGUGCACAGCAAGUGGACACGACACAAGGCAUUCGAGGCCGAGAUCGCUUCCAACAAGGACCGGCUUGUCAGAGUGCAACAGAGCGGGGAAGAGUUGAUGAAAGAGAAGCCGGAACUGAAGGAGGUGAUCGGCCCGAAGGUUGGAGAAUUGCAACAGCAGUUCGACAAUCUGGAGACAGUCACGCGCGACAAGGGUGAGCGUCUGUUCGACGCGAACAGGGAGGUGCUGCUGCACCAGACUUGUGAUGACAUCGACACCUGGAUGAACGACCUUGAGAAGCAAUUCGAGUCACCUGACACAGGCAACGACCUGGCCUCAGUCAACAUACUCAUGCAGAAGCAACAGAUGAUCGAGACGCAGAUGGCAGUGAAGGCGAAACAGGUGACUGAGCUGGAGGCACAGACCGAGUACCUGGAGAAGACUGUUCCCGAGAAGGAGAAGAUCGACGAGAUCAAGGUACUCAACUACUUGACUUAG